AUGGUGCAGCACAUGCCGACAGAUGAACUGACACCACUGAAAUGGACUUUAGAACGAGCGAGCGAUCACGCAGGUCAUACGGGUGUCAACCAGUUGGGUGGCGUUUUCGUCAACGGCCGUCCACUGCCUGACGCUACAAGGCAGAAGAUAGUGGAACUUGCUCAUCAGGGCGCCAGACCUUGCGACAUCUCUCGCAUCUUACAGGUGUCCAAUGGCUGUGUCAGCAAAAUUCUUUGCCGCUACUAUGAAACGGGUUCAAUUCGACCCAGGGCUAUUGGCGGAAGCAAGCCCCGUGUUGCCACAAACAAGGUGGUAGACAAGAUUGCACAGUAUAAGCGCGAAUGCCCAUCUAUCUUCGCCUGGGAAAUUCGCGAUCGGCUGCUGCAGGAGAACGCCUGUACUCAGGACAACAUCCCCAGCGUAUCAUCAAUCAACCGAGUGCUGCGCAAUUUAGCCGCUCAGAAAGAACAACAGGCAGCUCAACAAGAAAUCUAUGAUAAACUGCGUAUGUCCUGGAAUGGAGGACAUUCCUGGUUUUACCCUACAGCAGCAGCCAUUCAAUCCACUGCUCACAUGGCAAUGGCUCCUGCUCCAAACUUAUUUUCAGCCUAUCCAGUUAGCCAGCCGACAGAUCUCAAAGCAGAUGACGAUUCAAAGCAUUCUGAAUCAGGCGGUGACGACGCGGCCUCAGCACGCCUCAGACUUAAGAGAAAGCUGCAGCGAAACCGCACCUCUUUCACGCAGGAGCAGAUUGACUCAUUGGAGCGAGAAUUUGAAAGGACCCAUUACCCGGACGUCUUCGCUAGGGAAAGCCUGGCAAACAAAAUCAGCCUGCCGGAAGCGCGAAUUCAGGUUUGGUUUUCCAACAGACGUGCAAAGUGGAGAAGGGAGGAGAAACUGCGCAACCAAAAGCGUUUGUUCGAUACCACAUCAAUGCCGUCACAAAUGAACAGCGGCAACAACAACAGUACGGCUUCAUCCACUCCAUCAGCUCCUCUGGGCUCCAUGAUAGCAUCUACCCCAAUGCCAAUACAAAGGAACUUUCCCGGUGCUUUCCAGUCUCACAACUCCGUUUAUUCAAGCUUGUCACAGCCAACCAUGCCCGAUACUUACGGUUUCGGAGGUGGUACUGCCGACUCUGGGUACUCGUGUAUGCUACCGGGAGCGACGUCCGGCCGUGCAUUUGAUGCCUUGCAAGCUUAUCGACCCCUUGGCGCAGCCGCCGCACAAACUGCACAAAUGGUUAAUUCUAUGGUGAACCCUGGUUCAAACGCUUCAACCGGACUAAUAACAGCUGGAGUUUCGGUGCCACUGCAGGUACCUUGUCAGUCGCUGAACGACGUGUCAGGUUGUGCCGUGUCCCAUUACUGGCAGUCCAGGUUACAGUAG